AUGAAUCGUUUUCUGUGUGAACCAAAUAGUUUAAUGUUCAAUUCUUCCGCAGCAUUUCAUUUUUCUCAAACUUUGAGUUAUACGUCCAUCCAUGCGUUGCCAAUAAUAGCUUUAGCUACUAAUUCAUUAAUUUUACUUGUUGUUCUGACAAAUUCACGAUUAAAUCGGUCAUCAUUUUCUGUUUAUGUUAAAUCGAUGGCUAUAUCAGACACACUUGUUCUUGUACUCAAAUUAAUAUCAUUCGAAAAUAAAACAUCAAAAGCAUUUUAUUGGCCAUGCAUGUGUACCAUUUUAGUAUUUCUUAGUGACGCAAGUACACUCUUAUCCGUUUGGAUAAUAGUAUUAAUAACAGUCGAACGUGCACUAGUUGUUUUAUUUCCGUUACGUAUUAAAAAAUUUAUCUCAUCAUGUCGUGCUCGAAUAUUAAUUGUAUUAAUAACGAUAAUGAGUUUAAUAUUUUCUACUCGUGUUUUAUUUAUACCAAUUGACGUUUCACUAGAACAAAAGAAACGUUGUCAUCCAAUAUCAAGUUGGCAAAAAUAUCGACAAUUAAAUGCAACAAUCACUGAAUUUACUCUUUGUUUUAUUCCAUUAUCAAUUGUUAUUAUUGGUAAUUGUAUAACAUUACAUACAGUUAAACGAGCUGUAUUUCGGCGACAUCAAACUUUAACAAAUCAUGUUUAUCAUAGAAAACGACACUAUGAAGCAAAUGAAAAUCAAUUAAUGCUCAUGUUACUAAUUGUAACAUUAAUGUUUACGGUUUACUUUUUACCAUUUACAAUAAUAAAUGUUAUAUUAAGAUGGGGUUUACCAUUUGGUUUAUGUUUUACACAAAAAUCUUUUGAAGCUUAUUUAAUUAUACGUUCACUUUGUGAAUUUUUAAAAGAUUUAAAUUUUUGUACAAAUUUUAUGAUUUAUUGUAUAAGUGGACGCAGAUUUCGUUAUGCAUUUUUUUCACUUAUUCGUCGUUGUCAUCGACUAUUCAACAGUGUACGGUGUUCUAAGGACAUAAAACAACGUAGUGAACAAUUAUUUCAACAAAAUACACAAAAAACAUAUGAUCUUAAUGCAAAGCUUACAUAUGAAGAAUCACAAGUUUAA